CGCUUCCUCUUCGCUGUUGUAACGGUUCUUCUGCUGAGAGAAAGUUUCGCGCGCGACCCUCCUCAGCGCCCUCUGCCGGAACGGCGUCAUCAGACCCGGAAGUGAAACCGGGAUUACAGCAUGAGCGUGGAUCGACCAUGCAGAUUGUUUUCCAUCGGAAUGGUUGAAGUCAGUGUCGAUGUCUGUGAAGAUUUCCAAAGCAGGAUUUCACAGAGAUCUUCAAUACAGAGUUCAGUGGAGCAAAACAGAUCAUGAUGUCCAAGUUUUACUAGUCCAGAAGCUGCCCAGUGGUGUUUAUAUGGACGAAUAUCAGCUGGAAACACUGAGACGCGACACGGGUUUGGAGGUUCUCCUGGACUCAAAGGUUGAUCUGGAAGCUCCGGAGUAUCUGUCAUCUGGGUUCACGGCGCUGGUUUUUCUCUCAGGAAAGCACGAGGCCGUGGUUCCCGUUCACGGCCGAUAUCACCGACCGUCAGACUCCAGCAAACGAGUGAAAGUGGACAUCGAGUCGCCCAGACUGCUCCUCAGAUCAGACCAGUGCACUGAGACACUGAGUCCUGGUUUACGUCGUGUAGUGGUUGAUGCUCCCUGUACCUUCAGCAACCACAGCAUCUGCUCCUGGAUGGAGAUCCUGGAUCUAGAGGAUAAUGCUGGAGUGAGUCUGGAGAUCCCGGUCGGUGAUUCGUCGAUGAUCAUCACCGUGUGUGUCGGUACUGUUCUGACGACUGUAUUGAGCUGCGUUUAUCUGCUCAGAAACAUCUGGAAACACGGCAGCUUUUGAUCACAGACCAUCACAGUCUGACAGAGCACAAACGCUCAGAUUCCUCUCACAGUGUCAGUGUAAGAAGAAACCAGUGUGCAUGAAUGAAUAUGAUGUUAUAGUGGAUUAAUAAUAAUGUAUUACUGUGAUUGUAAAUAAAGCUGAAUGUUACUUUGU